CCGCCACACAUCCCUCUGUGCUGACGUGUGCGUGUGUGCGUGUGCGUGUGCGUGUGCGUGUGUGUGCGAGUGUGCUCGUGCUUGUCUCUGUGUGGCAUGUCGGGUAUCGGUGGUGACGGCAAGCAGGUGGUCGUCCUCGGCGACGAUGACGAAGAAGACGACGUGGUCAUGGUGGUUGCGAGCAGCAGCGGGUUGGACGGGUCAAGGAGUGGGCGGCGGAAGCGACGGCUGAGGCGCCAAGCUUUUCGCUCUGGCCGGGGCAAGUUGGCGAGGAUUCUGUCGGGAGCCGCGGUGACUGUCGAUUUGACUAGCGACGACGAUGACGAGACUGUGGUGAGGGAUGCGGCCGCUGAGGCUGCGACUGUGCUGCCACAGGUGCCUGAGCCGUCGCGAGCGGUGACUCCCCCACAUGCGACACGGGGCGCAGCGGUGCAAACACCGACGCCGUCGCGACCAGUGCGCAGAGUGAUCGAGAGCGACAGUGGCGGGGAUGGCGAGGAGGAUCUGUUGCUCGCGUCGCAGUCGUUCUUGCUGGUGGACGGAGACGACUUGGUGGGCGUCACGAUCGGGUCCAAAGGCGGCGACAGCGAAGGCGGGAGCAGCGGGUCUGACCUCCUGCUGGGCGAGUUUAGCGGCAGCGUGGCCGGCCGGAGCUCGGGCACGGUCAGUGAUGUCGAACUGGCAGCCAUUGAUGACGAGGGCGAGGGCGACGACGACGGCGAGGAUGCGGUGCCCUCGCAGGAAAUGUUGAACGAGUUUGAUGCUGUCGCGCGGGCAAAAGAGGCGGAUGCCAUGCCGAUGGCGCCACAGCCAGCAUACCUUGCAACGCGUCUGCACGACCACCAGCGCAAGGCACUGCUGUGGAUGAUCCGCCGCGAACGCCCGCCGGCCAACAGCCCGCAUCUGUUUUUCGAGCAUGAGCCGGCACAGGAUGUGUGGAUCAACUCGCUCACCAAGGAUGUGCACACCAAGCCACCCCAGCGGGCACGCGGCGGCAUUCUUGCGGAUGACAUGGGCCUCGGCAAGUCUAUUACAGUCAUUUCGCUCAUCGCAUCGGACGUGUACCGUGGCGAUGUGCGCGACGAGGAGUUUUGGCAUCCAUCGCUGAUUGUGGCACCGGCGUCGCUGUUGCAGAACUGGGAGGACGAAGUGGAAAAGCACGGAGCACAGGGUGUGUUCACAACGUUGCGGUACCAUGGGCAAGGACGCCGCGAAAUCCUGACCGGUGCCGGGCGUGCAAAGCUCACACGACGUCACAUUGUGCUGACAACGUACGGUACCCUGGCGUCCGAGUACAACAAGCUGCGGAACAUGAUACUUCAACGGGGGCGGUUCCCCCCGAGGCCGGGUCGCGUGCGGUGUACGAUCAUGUGACAACACAGGCGCGCGAGGAGGUGGACCUUGGAUUCCGAUCCGAGUUUGCAGAGCAGUUUCCACUGCUGAUGACAACGUGGCGGCGGGUGGUGUGUGACGAGGUGCACAUUCUGCGCAACUCACGGUCAGCGCGGUCGCGGGCUGCGUGCUUGCUGCGGUCGAAGCGGCGGUGGGGCCUCUCGGGCACGCCUGUGAUGAACCGGUGGUCCGAGCUGUACGCGCUGGUGCGGUACGUCAAGCUGCCGUUUGUGAGCGACCCGCGUGAGUUCAAGCACCAUCUUCUGGUGCCUAUCAAGCGGAACGAUCCGGCGGGGUACUCGCGGCUUCAGGAGAUUGUGCGAUACUUUCUCCUUCGGCGAACCAAGUCGAUCCUGGAUCUCCCGCCGAAGGAGGAGACGAUCGAGUAUGUGACGCUCGCUGGUGAGGAGCAAAAGCUGUAUGAUGCGGUCUUUCACAAGACACAGCUUGUUUUCCAGAAGUUCCUCCGUCGCGGGCUGGUGCUCAAGGAGUACAUGUACUUUCUCCAACAGAUCCUGAGGCUGCGACAGAUUGCGUGCCACCCUCUACUUGCGACGUCAUCCGAGGGCGCAACGCGGUCUCGUAGGAAUGAGGAUGACGAAGAGACGCGACGGGCUAGGCGCGCCGCGCGCACCCUCUGGCUUGCGCUCAAGGACCGUUCGGUGUCAUCUGUGGCAUCGCUGGCGCGGAUGCAGGAUUUAGCCAGGCUGGCGGUCGGUGUGUGCAAGCAGCUCGAGGCGACGAUGACCGACUGCGUGGUGUGCCUGCUCCCGCUGCGUCGCGAAAAGAUGGAGCACGCAUUCGUUCCCAAGUGUCAACAUUUUCUCUGCCCAGAGUGCAUGGCGCUGCAACGGCAGUCGGGCUCGCGCCAUGUAACGUGCCCGGCGAGUGGAUGCAGCGAGGUGGUGGACCUCGAGACUGUGUUUUCGGUCGAUUUCGAAAGUCUGGCCAAUGCGUUUGGUGACAAACCGAUUGUCAACGCCAGCUCGCCGGCGCCGAGGCAAGAGCGUACCAUGGAAGAGAAGGCUGCGUGCAAGGAGGAGGUCAUUGACAGUAGCGUGUACGAUGGCGGGGACGAUCGCGAAAUGCUGCGGACUGGACUGCUGCGGUAUGUGCGGAACAAGGUGUUCAAGCAGCACCUAGAUGUUGAGAGCGCAUCGGGCGAUCCGUUUGAGAACAUCCGUGAUCCGGAGACGCACAUGCUGUUUUCAUCGGCAAAGGUGCGGCGGCUGCUCGGGCUUCUACAGGAAUAUGCGGCCGAGGAAGCAAAGACGGUUGUAUUCUCGCAGUGGACGUCGAUGCUCGACCUCAUCUCGCCGCUGCUUAUCGAGAGGGGGCUACGAUUUGUGCGGCUUGAUGGGUCGAUGCGUCUCGACGAGCGGACGGCGGCUAUCAAGCAGUUUUCGACAGGCAAGACCGACAUCUUUCUCGUUUCGUUAGGCGCUGGCGCGGUCGGGCUCAACCUGGUGGCGGCGACCAAGGUGGUGCUGAUGGACUUUUGGUGGAAUCCGUUCGUGUCGGAACAGGCCAUCGACCGGGUUCACCGACUCGGGCAGACAAAGCCAGUGACGGUUGUCCACCUCGCCGCCCGCAACACAAUCGAGGUCAACAUCCUCGAGCUGCAACAGCAGAAGAAGGACAUGGCGCGCGGUGUGCUGUGCAUGACGUCGCCAGAGGAGCUGGCGCAGCGCAAGCUCAACGAGCUCAAGCUCCUGUUCUCGGUCCCCGGACGCGAGGCCGACGCCAAAGCAAAGGAGCCUGCGCCGGAGAGCUCCAGCACAUCGUCGGUGGCAAGCACAGCGACGGCGCCAGUGGCAGGCGGGGCGACGGAACCAACAGCAAGCUGGACAACAGCGACGAUCCCGGCGCCAGCCGAGGAGCUCGGUGUACCUGUCGCCGCGGCGUCAGCGCCGACGGCCAACGACUUGGAGCAUUACUUGGCCGCGCAGUCAGAGUGGAUGGCGCGAAUGAUGGAUGCCAUCUCGAGCAUGGUCAUGCCAAGAGAGUAAAUGAGGAGCCAG